AUUCACUCGAAUACAAGAAAACAGAGGUACGGAGUAGUCACGGACACCAAGAGUUAUCGGCUAGCCGACCCCAGCAAUUCUCCGCGCCAACCGUUUUCCGCCGCGGUGACAGCAUCCGGAGCUCCCAAGUCCACCUCCCACACCUUCACCAGCAAAGACACGCGCCGACCAUGCAUUCCCUCCUAUUCAAAACCGUAUCAAUCUUCCUCUGUCUCGUCGCACAGACAUGGGCUGAUUCAUCCACCUCCUCCUCCCACCUCCUAUCCACCGAGAUCCUCUACUGGCCAGUAGCGGGCGUCUCCGAACCCUCGACCCUCGCGCGCAUCUCCUACGACUCGUCCUCGCUAAAAUCAGACCUGCUCUCCUACUCCCCGCCGCAGACAAGCCUCCGCGCCGGCGACGAGAAUUCCGACGAACUCGUUCGCGUGGGAUUGUACGCCUCCACGCCGUCGAACGGGAAACAAUGGGUCGGCACCAUCACGUCAUUGUCGUCUCUGGCUCCUAAGCAGGGCCAGGAACAGCUCGCGCUUCGCCUCUACGUGAGCCCGUCGAAUGAAGUAUACCAUGUCUCGUUGGCGCCGGCGUCUGGCCCAGCUGCUGCCUCAACAACCGCGGACGGACCUACGAUCGAAGUGAUCCCCGCCGAGACGGGUCCGCAACCUCAUCUGAACCGCCCGGUCGUGCUUAGCGAGGACGGCCAGAAUCCCGAAGAAGUGGUUGAGAAGACGAUGUUCCAGAAGUACUGGUGGGUGAUCCUCAUCAUCACGUUUAUAGCUAUGUCGGGGGGCGGUGAAGGGCAAUGAUGGAUGGGAGUGAACAUGGCUUUUUCCUCGUUUAA